ACCUUGCACCAGUAGUUUGUUUUUCUUGUUGUUGUCUGUGGUCGGUUUGUUCGGUUUCGGUAUUACUAGCCGUAGAUUUCGUAGUACAACUUUCUAAAGUUCCCUCUUCAUGAUUAUGGUUCGUUGGGUGAAAAAUGUUUUUCUUUGUGAUCCUGUGAUUUCGAAAUCUUGGUCUUGUUGCGCAGGCUGGCCACCCUAGGCAAAACCCAAAUGAAUGAUGGACACGACGCUCGUGGUGUCUUUUGCUCACGACCAGGUGGACGCUUUUUUGUUCUCGUCGGUUGUUUCGAAUUGUGUGGCUCAUCGCCCCAGCGUUCACCACAGGAAAACUUAGUAGCAAACGACAUCCAUCGGGCUAGGCUCUGGACUGAAUUUGCACAUAGUUGCAGGCUCUUCAACCGGAUCGAGAUCCUCAAGAACAGAGGUCUGACUCAUCCACCUCAUGAUGAAAGUGGCAGAUACUAGAGUGGGAGAAACAGUGAGUGUCUGUGUGUGUCCUGUAGUUUAAGCUCAAAGUCGAUUCUGAGCAGAACGCAUAGUACCGCCUAGUCUGUUUUUCAUGAAAUCAAUCGCUGAAGAAGCAGAAGAAGAAGAAGAAAAGCCAUGGUCGUUUUCGCGUUCUCACUCUCUUCGAUUUUUUUCUGCCUGACACGGCCGAAUCAGGUCGGUUCGAUUUUUUUGCAAAAACGCAGGAGUGACACGACUACAGCUCGAUCGCAUUUUCUAGAUCGUUCGGAAAUUUCGAGAAGAUCCCGUCGAACUUCAUCACCAUCAGACUCUCCAAUCAUUGCAGAACCCAGUUCUUCUAGUCCCCGGUAGGUACCCGUUUUUUUUGUCGUGAUGCCGUUCAUCUGCUACCCCGGCCUUCCGACCUUUACGUCACUUUUACAGGAGCAUGAUGAACAUCUUACUCCCAAUGUCCGGCUCUGCAUGAUGUGCUAUUCAGAUGUAUUACCCUUGCCCUAUCAAAAGCAAUAGCAGAGUCACUCCUCGUUCCGUCACCCUCACCCCAUGCCCAUGAACAAUGAUCCUGUAUAAAUAUGUCCUUCACCCUUUCUACUCUUUCUAAUGAUUUUCCAGGCAGCCGCAACAGGCAUGCACGGUCUCGCCUGCAUCGCCUGCCCAAAAUCAAGCGCAACCCUUCGCCGCAGCGGCGUCACCUGAGCUUGAUACGUUAACCCAGGUGGAACACCAGGUCCAGCAGCGCAACAUUUUUCGCAGCGUAGACCAUCCUCCGCAAACCCAGGACAGCAUGGCGAUGGGCUCUCCUGCUCGCUCGGUCGGUAUUCCGGCUUGGUUGACGCCGUACGGUCCGCCGUUGGAUCGCGAGCCGGCGAGCUUGUCCGACUACCACGCCAAUGACCUGGAAUUUGUGCGGGCGCUGUUCGAUGCUAUUGCCGAGACCGGCAGAGAUCCUGGUGUUGGAAGUGCGAACGUUCGACUUGCUCCGUACGACCUUUUCCACGGUCACGUGAUGCGCGGGACGUUCUCUUGGGCCGCAGGACCCGCAUCAGCAGUGCCUACAGCAUCAUCUGCAACAAGACUGAUCCAAGAGCAGGACUCUAGAGUACUACUUACCGGAUCUUCAAGGCCAUCCUGUUCUUCAUCAACCACAUAUCAUACUGAAGCACCCGUUUCUUGUACCCACAUCCUUUUUCACGCAAAGGAGUACCCGAAAGAGUACUCUUCCGGCUGCGUUUUGCUUCCGGUCGGCCACGAGAAGGCGGGGGGAGACCAAGAUCCGAGGCUCGGCUCUCACCUCUCCAUCGAGGACCAGGAUUUCGACAAGCGCAAUUUCCUGUAUUCGCCGGCGCUGGAUCGGAAACAGAUGUUUUUGGUCGACGUCAAGCACAAGGACUUCCCCGGUGCACCCCUGAUGUGCGACGGAGUGUCGGGCACGCGCUACUUUUCUGUGGACGAAAAGAAAGUGGCCCCGGAGCAAGUCGGACUGGUGGAUGUGGUGUUUGCUGAGCGGAGUGCAAGUGCCUUGCCGGAGGCCACGCCAGUCGUGGAAAAAAUUGUCUUUGUCAGUCAUAAUUCCGGAAAUAAUCCAAAACAACAGCCUUCCGGCGAGACCGCAUGCGAUAGAAGUGUCGUAGAAGGCAAUAGCGCCGCGAAUGGGAAAUCUUCAGCACUUUCGGCGUCAGCAUCAUCAAGUGAAAACAAGUCCACCAGUCCUGGAACACACAACCAGUCGUCGAACUUCAGUCCAUUUUCUAGACGGAGCAGUAAUCCUAAUCUGUCAACGAGCCGUGCGCUACACUCGGAUAGGGACUUCGUUGAAUGGACCGGGACACUCCGCGACUUUUCGGCAGAUCUCUUUCGAGACCUCAAGCAGCUUGCAAUCGGUCUUCAUCGAGCAGUGGUGUUGCCAGCGUGUGCGAAGCUUCUGCGGAAAGAACAGAAGACUUUCGUGACAAAGCUUCCCAGUGGUCUUUACACCAGCGGGGAUGUGCUGACCGCGAUUUCCGCGGUUAGUUCGAAGUUUGUCUGGCAGUGGGUGCUACGGCAAAGUUGUAAACAAUGGGACGGCUUGUCGCGCUUGUUUCGACAUAGUGCGGACACGAGCGAAAGCCGAACGCAAAUCGGUGCAACACUGGACGCCCCCAAGGAUUUUCUCGCUGCGGUAAAGACUGGAGAUCAGAAGUUGGUCUCCCACUUGCAACAAACGACGACCGCUUCGAGUUCGACUUGGGAGGACAAUAAAACGCACGCGCUUUUUACUACCACUCAGUCAGAGUCAGCGAUCAGUAUACUCGCUCCCAUCAUAGGUGAGCCUGACCUGAAAGACGACGUUUGGGUCUGGGUAGCGCAAAGCGUUAAUGCGUGUCGAAUCGAUUUAGUUUUGCGUGUUACACGUGCUGAGUACCGGCGGCCGAACGACGACGUACUAGAGACGAAGCCCAGGGCUAUUCCCCUCUCCGUUGCCCAGCGCGCUUUGGACUACAGCGACUGGGUCUGCAACGACGCAAGGCUUGGACUUGAAGUGGCUGCGCGACUUGUGGAAGAUGCAGGCUACAGGGAGACGUUGUCGUCCGCUUCUGAAGAAACAGAAACUUCUUUCUUGACAACUACCAAGAUGAGUUGGAUUGACGUAUUUGCAAAGCAAGCGGGCAACAACUCCGAUAAGCCACCCACAGGGGCCGAAGGGGAAUUCCACGAACCCUUGCAGCCGGUCCUCGGCCCGGCAAGUGGCGCGCUGCUUUCAAGCGCUGCAGACAGGGCGUUUCAGCCAAGCUGCUCCGGUGCGAGCGUUAUUUUACCUGAUGACGAUAUCAAUAUCGCGGAAAAGUCUUCUCAAGAAACUGCCUCGCCAAUGGCAAUGGACGUACGGGAGUACUAUUUCCCUCUGGCAGCCACCACCGUGCAACGUAUCGAGACGGAAAUUCUCGAUGUGGCUCAAGCUGAGUUCGCGCAAAAGUCAGAAGAGCGGUUUCUCAGACAAAUUCGGAAGCACCGGGCGAAUUGCUGUGACCAGCACGCGGACCGGAGCCGGGAUAUGCACGGUGAGGAAGUACUGAAUAGCAAGAGUUCCUCCACUGCUGAAGCCGGUGCAGCACCGCAAUCCCAAUCACCAAACUCAGACAGGAAAGUAACCCUUGAUGAAGCAACAGACGGCACCGCUUGGUGCAUCCUCGUCGGUGGUGAGAGCGGAGGUGCCAUGGUUGCGGACAAGAACAGAACUCGACCGGGCAAGUACCUUGGCGGCCACUGCUCGCUGCAGAACAUUGGGCGGAUGUACGAGAAACUACUCCCGUGGUUCGGCGCGGACCGGAUCAUCGUCGUAACGCAACUCCAGGAAACGCUGGACUGGCUGGAGGAAGUGACCUCGAGCACGGAGAGCUGCCAGCGGUUGACGGGGAAAGCCACGCCCGAGUUCUUCGAGACCAUGCAGCGAAAAAAAAGGGAAACGUACAAGGACUGCGAAGCGUUGCUGCAGAACGGCGGGGCGGACUACGAUUACGAAGACGUCAACGUCUGGAGCCUGCUCAGCGUCCUGCGCAACCCUGGAAGUGCCGCAACACCAGCGUCGUCCUCAAGUAGUUCAUCGGCAGCAACGACGAGAAAUAAGCAGCACCCAACCAAAUUAUUUCAAGAAGCGACGACGUCAUCGGGCGGCAGUGCCGAAGACUGCAGCAGCGCAUCCUCGGCAUCUCUAUUCGAUGACUCGUUCACGACACCAAAGAGCCAGAGCGGGAUAGCUGGCAGUAAUUCCGGGGGCCCGGAAAAUGAGCAGUACUUUCUGACACCCUACAAAGCCAGUCAUAAGCGCACACAUGAGCAAUUUACUUCAUCUGCAGCGUCAGCUGGUCGCAAGAACUACGAAAAGAGGAGAGCGAAACGCAAGACGCUGCCGCGGAACCCUGGCUCAGUUUUCCUUCUGAUCAAUACCCACGGCAAUACGCAUCCGGCGGUGAAGGGGAAAGAGGAGGCUUGGGACGAGUGGUAUUGCCACUUUCCCUACCCGACAGCGGCGGACCAAGACCACAUCUAUUCCAUCGCUGCCACCCAGGGGUUCGUCGACGAGGAAGGUGCCGCGAGUGGGCGCGAUAGCAACGUGAGUCGCAGUGCCAGCGCCAGCCCCAGCGACACGGAGCACCAGAUGAGCACGCGGAACGCAGGAGCCGCCUCCUCGCCUCGACAGGACUUCGGGAUGGGCCCCGGCACGGCUGAUUUCGUGAUGAACAUCACGGAGACGGCGGCCAACCAUUCGCAAGCCCUGAAUCAACAGCAGGUCAAUGAGACAAGCGCGCGAUUGCUCGCGGGUGAGACGAAUGAAACGGAGAACGACUUGGACGGUUCCUCGCUCUCGGGCUCGGUUGGACACGUUUCAAUAUCGGCAACUUCUUCGCCCGCGAGUAGUAGCAAAAAGGUGUUCACUCCGCGAAGCGACGGCCCGGCUGCAAGUUGCGGACCGGCAUCGACUGCUGGCAUAAUAGCAGCAAGCACAACGCCUGCAGCAGGCGGUGUCUCUUCCAACGUCAGAAACAAAAAUCGCGUCCGGUCGCGCCGCACGUCCGUGGACUGGGGCGCCCCAAAGUACCGCUUCCGACUCUAUAGCCAGCAGCUCUUUCAGGCUUUCCACGACCUCACCGCUCGAUCGCCGAACACGCAAGUCAUCACUUUGUACCAGUUUUGCCUCUCUGGCGGCUUCGCAAACUUCUUCACCUUGAAGAGUUACCAAAGAUACUUCGACACGCUCUCCUGGCCACUGUUUGUGAUGGUAACCUCGGGACAGUACGAGCCGGCUUUGGGGACCUUCGCGUCGUUUUACUGCGAGCAACUGGUAAAGCACUUGGAAUUCAACGAGAAGCACUUUAAAGGAUCAGGUUGUUCAGCGACAGGAACAACAGCUGCAAAGACUGAAGAAGAAAAUGGCAGCGGCACCAGCGCAGCGAAGCAAUCCCAAGCACAAUCACCAUCCGGCGUUCAGCUCCAGCAUGAUCUGUCGUUGAAAGAGUUGUUUGAGGAAACUCGUUUACGUUACCAUCAUGAACAUGGGGAACUCGGACAAAAAAGAAAGCGCACGAACGCUGGCAACACCACAACCACCAUACCUGGCCUGGAGCGUGCAGAAACCGCCUCGUCUUCCUCCACGUACUACUUAGCGGCGCAAGAACUGGAUCGCGAGAACAGCACGAAUGCGCAGCAGCAGUCGGGCUUAACCCAAUAUGCGGCUGCUGGUGCUGGCGCAGCGAUGUAUCGAGAAGACGUACCACUUCUUGCGCGAGACGCUACUGAAAUAAACCCAACACAACUACCUGGAUCGGAGCAGCAACUAGAUGCCGAUGAUCCGGUUCUCUCUCGUCUUCAGGCCGCUAAUUCUCGGGCGCAAAAAGAACAGGAGGAGGCUUUCUCGCGCAAACAGAUGGACGAGCGGGAGCCGCUUUCGGUAGGAACGUUGAGCUGCUACGCCGGCAUGCGAACUCCGAGGCUUUCGAUGGAGGAUGUUCCGAUCUCGACGAUGGUGAAUGUCGGGAGGUACAAGAAGCGCAGUAGCAAUUGUACGCCUGACCCUGAGCCAGCUAGCAUGAGCACAUCGCGUGUUGGAGGUCUCGCCUUGGAAAAAAUACCUGGUGGAGAUGAUGGGCAAAAGCAUGUUUGUGAUUCACCGGCGUGUAGCUCCAGUCGCUUAUGAUGAUUUUUUUGCUGUGAUAGUGUCAUGGGUUUGACCUUGCUUGGAUGAAACAUCCAGCGGUUACUUUCCUGCACAAAAGUGCAACACAUCUACGUGUAUCUGAAUCUGUGAAUUAUCAAUUACAAUUUGUAUUUGACAG